CUCAAGUUCUACCCUGGGACUAACGUUACUGGUCAGUGCUGUGGCAAGACGUCCCGUAGCUGAAGACCUGCACCAAAGAAUGUGGAUAAACCUGUUGUAAGACAGCACAAACGUUACUCCAACAUCAAAAGAUGGAAGUGCAGGACCGGGAGUCUCUGGGGAGAUGGGACGGGCUGGGCAGCCGGGAUGCCAUCUCCAGAAACGAAACCAUGGAAAACAUCCGCCAGGACGUCAUGAGGAGAGUGGAGGCCAUCAGGCCCAUACCAUCGCCGACCCCAUCAUCCCCGGCCUCUGGAAGCCCUCCCAACAGCGACCUGAACGACAUCCUGGCUCACCUCCUCAUGCUUUCCAAACGGUGUCCCUAUGACGACGUCAAGGAGCGGUGUGGUCGUCUUCUGCGGGGCGUCCAGGACUUGGGGGUAAGGAUCCCAAGACCCUUAGGAAACGGACCAAGCAGAUUUAUCCCUGAAAAAGAGAUUCUUCAAGUCAGUAAAGUGGACGCCAGGACACAGUCGAUAUUUGAGGAUGCGUUUGCAGCCCUCGGUCGCCUCGACAAUAUUUCUCUGGUGAUGGGCUUCCACCCGCAGUACCUGGGGAGUUUCCUCCGGACGCAGCACUACCUGCUACAGAUGGAUGGACCCCUGUCUUUGCACUACCGACACUACAUCGGCAUCAUGGCGGCAGCUAGACACCAGUGUUCCUACUUGGUCAACCUCCACGUGAACGACUUCCUCCAGGUCGGGGGUGAUUCCAAGUGGCUGAACGGCCUGGACGAAGCCCCACAGAAGCUGCAGCAGCUCGGGGAGCUCAACAAAAUCCUGGCCCACCGACCUUGGCUUCUCACCAAGGAACACAUCGAGCGCCUUCUGAAGGCAGAGGAGCACAGCUGGUCCCUGGCAGAGCUGAUCCACGCCGUGGUCCUCCUCACACACUACCACUCCCUCGCCUCCUUCACCUUCGGCUGCGGCAUCACGCCCGAGAUCCACUGCGAUGGCGGACACACUUUCAGACCCCCCUCCCUCAGCCAGUACUGCGUCUGUGACAUUGCAAACGGCAACGGCCACGCUAAUCACCACGACGAUCCGCUGGGCAAUCAGGAGAUGUGCGGCGAGGUGGAGGUGCUGAUGGAGCGAAUGAAGCAGCUGCAGGAGUGCCGCAUCGACGAGGAGGCGAGCCAGGAGGAGAUGGCGACUCGCUUCGAGAGAGAGAAGACCGAGAGCAUGCUGGUGGUCACGGCAGAGGACGAGGAGUGUGUCCCCUCUAGAGACAUCUCCCGGCACUUUGAGGACCCCAGCUACGGCUACAAGGACUUCUCAAGGAGGGGGGAGCAUGUGCCCACGUUCAGAGUGCAGGACUACAGCUGGGAGGAUCACGGCUUCUCUCUGGUCAACAGACUGUACCCUGAUGUUGGUCAGAUGCUGGACGAGAAGUUUCAGAUGGCCUACAAUCUGACCUACAACACCAUGGCUACACACAAGGAUGUGGACACCAGCAUGCUGCGCAGAGCCAUCUGGAACUACAUCCACUGCAUGUUCGGCAUCAGGUAUGAUGACUAUGAUUACGGGGAGAUAAACCAGCUCCUGGACCGUAGCUUUAAGAUCUAUAUUAAGACUAUGGUGUGUAGUCCUGAGAAGACCACCAAACGAAUGUAUGAGAGCUUCUGGAGGCAGUUUCAGCACUCCGAGAAGGUCCACGUUAAUCUGCUUCUUAUGGAAGCGCGAAUGCAGGCAGAACUGUUAUACGCUCUGAGAGCGAUCACCCGCUACAUGACAUGAAGUGCUUUUGGCGUUUAUAUCGUUGUCUUUUUACUGUCAUUGUUCAUUAUGGGACACUUCAAGGAAAAAAAGAAAAUCAAAGGGGGGGAAUUCAACAAAAAAAUGUGGAAGAGACGUGAGAAGCUCUGGGUUGUGACAGUGCUUGUUGGAUGGAUGUCGAGAAGAGGAUCAGAACAAAUGAAAGCAAGAGAAAAAAAAACUAACUGUUGAAGAAAGAUUCAUCUCAAAACUACAAAGUGGAUACACAAACUCAGUUCGUGUUGCCUGCAGUGCCAAAACUGACCAAGAGAGGGCAGCCUGGAGCAAACUCCUGCUCCUGCUGGGGGAGUUUGUGCCGGGCACCGGAGGCAUCCAGGACGACGUUUCAGUAUUCCAGCAUGCAGCAGCAGCUCCUGUUGUCCGUCUCUGCUGUCUCCUGCUAGAGUGAAGAUCCACAGGAAAUCCCCAGAAAGCCGUGCAGCCGUAAAGUCUGCACCUUGAUUCUGUCAUCACUGUUAUAUUUGUUUAGUUUCUUUAGUAUCUUUUUAUUUCUUUUUGUAUUAAGGGAUGUUGUUGUCGAUGUGGUUGCUGUUCGUGGUAACUGGAGAUGGAAGCAUUUACUUUAGGCGACGUUUUUUAUUUUUAUUUUAUUUUUUUAACGUGUGCCUGAACUAUCCAGCACAGUGUGCAUACGUGCUGAUGCUGCUGCUCCCAUGACGUAUUCAGCGGGGUCAUAUUGAUCCCCAAAUCACCCCCCAAACCCCCAUUAUAUCCCCUAUCCAUUAGAAAUCCACUGCAUUACCCCCUCUCCCUCCGUCUUGUCCCUCCCCAUCCAAAAUGUCAAUGUAAGCUAAUCCAAGGAGUGUGUGAAAACCAGAGAGGUGUGGAAAGAAACUCAAAGAACACUGUCUGAGCCUGUUUUGAGUUUGACUGUAAAUGUGUGGAUGUGUUCAAGAUGACUGAGAAGUGGAUGCUUUUGUGUGUGAAUGUGGGUGUGUGUUAUGUGUGUUUCACAGAAACGAUGGAGAGAAAUAAAAAGUUUGUCUUUUUAAAAUUUCAUGUGUCAAAAAAAAAAAAAAAAGAAAGCGAGGCACUUUGAAGGAAAGACUUCUUGCUUCUGCUGUAGCUCUGUUAUUGUGAGAUAACUGUUUAUCAUUUGUUGUUGUUGAUGAUGUCUUUAUUUUUCUGGUAAGGGGGAGGAAAGGAAAAAAGGAAAAAAAAGCUAAUCAAAAAGAAAGUUAGAAACCAGGUUUUCCAGGAGGGAUUUGCUUCCGGUUGCCCUAACCACACCGUAUCUGUCUUCCGCUUAUCCCAGCUGCCUGGUCACCCUAACACUUUCGAAGCUUUGGAUUGUGAAUUUACCAGUAAAUGAAUACCUCUUCUGUUUUUCUCUAUAAAACAUAUAAGAAGUGCUCUUUGGUGAGCAGAGACUCUUUUUCCGGGCUGCCGUUGUUCCCAUUGCUCGGGGACGCGGCAGCGCCACACAGGGCCGACUGCGGUCGAUUAGCUGUCGAGCGCAAAAAGGUUGUAGCUGUGCUUAUUUCCCUUCUGGGGAAGUCUAACCAGUGCAAAAGAAGCUUUUUUUUAAUUAUUUUUGAACAGAGAUGUGAAACCUCUGCUGUUUUUGUUUUUUGUUUACUAAAACCAGUAAAGUACUGCAUUCUUCUGAGGUUGGAUUGAGAGAAUCAGACAGAUGAAUGAGUGAGGAGGAGGAGGAGGUUGGCGAUGAUAUAAGAAUGGUACAUUUGGAAGUGUUUUGAGAGGAAGUGGAGUUUUGUUUUUUCAAACUUCUGACUGAUGUCAGUUACUGACACUUUUUAUAUUGAAAUAUAUGAAAAAGAUGAAAAAAAGAAUAAACUAUGAUAUUGAAUUGUUGUGUAUCAUUCGUAGUUUUCUCCCUAGACAAUAUCAGUGCUCCGUCGAAGAGAUUGUAUCAGGUGUGGAGAUGCCUACACAAUUCAGAAAUCAAACAGCACAAUCACCA